AUGGGUGUACUCUUCUCAAAAGAAAAGAAUGACUCAAAAAACUUUGAACAAGUUCUUUCAAGACUCGAUGCCGAUAUUCAAAAAGCAGAAAGUCAUUUAACACAACUCAAAAUAAAACAGAGAAAAACGAGUUUCAUGUGGAUUAUUUAUUCGUUGGUGAUCUGGACUGUCUGUGUCUUGUAUUUGUUUUAUCAGUGUGUAGAUAAUAAACAAGAAAACAGCACACAGGAUGUGUUGUUGGCUGCUUUGCCUGUCAUUGGUUUACCUGUCGUUAUCUAUCAUGUACGUCGAUUGUUGGUUUGGUGGUAUGAAUCAAGACAGAAAAAAGAAGAACUUCAUUUGGCCCAGUUGCGUAAAGAACAAAAGGAUAAAUUGGAAGAUUUGAAAAAGAAGACAAGUUAUUAUACAACACAAUCCUUAUUGGAAAAAUACGAUGAGGCACAAAAGAAGAAAAAAGAAGAAUUAGCAAGACAACAACAACAACAACAACAACAACAAAGAAAGCCUGUCUCUAUGCCCAUGAGACCUCAGCCACCAUUACUUCCACAACAACAACAACAACAACAACAAAUGCAAAGAAUGCAACAACCUAUUUUACCUCCACCUCGUACUGAACCUCAAUGGUAUGAUCGUAUUGUCGAUGCUUUAGUAGGGGAUGUGGGUCCCGAGACUAAAUAUGCUUUGAUUUGUAAUCACUGUUUUGCUCAUAAUGGACUUGUGAUGAAAGAAGAAUUUGAUACGAUUCAAUAUGUGUGUCCUCAUUGUAAACAAUUUAAUCCUUCCCGUCAAUCCAAAAUGAUUCCCCAACAAGAGAAGAAAGAAGCAGUAGAAGAAGAGAAAAAGGAUGUUAUUGAAAAACAAGAUAGUAUAGAAGAAGAAAGUGAUGAAAAAGUACUUGAAAAGAUAAAGGCUGAAUAUUUACAAGACAAUGAUCCACCUACAAUUGCAUCCCGUGUUCGACAAAGACAUACAACAACAAAUAAAGACUAG